CGUCAACCUCGCAAGAGCCGUGUACUUUAAUGCUGAUGUCUACCUAUUGGAUGAUCCACUAAGUGCUGUAGAUUCACAUGUGGGGAAACACCUCUUUGAUAAAGUAAUAGGACCCAGGGGCAAACUAAGAAAAAAAGACUCGUGUCCUAGUCACCCAUUCUGUACACUUCUUACCUCAAAUGGACCAGAUAAUUGUCCUCCAAGGUGGACGAAUCUCAGAGGUCGGAACUUACGACGAGCUUCAGGACAACCAAGGAGCUUUUGCUGAGUUCUUGAAAACAUAUGCCAACGAGAAACAAGACGGGCCAGAGGAAGAUACCCAUCAAAGAGAAACACACCAUAGCGACAUCCACGAGCCUGAGGAAGGGAAUCUACUAACCAUCACGGACAUGGACCACAUGAUGGGAAGUACCUCAGAACUUGAUGCUAUAGUGAAAAGCCCAUCCCGAUUAACUCUAACAGAAAUAGCCAGUACCCAUAGUAAUGGGCGCACAAUCCAGGGUGAAGACAAGACCAUAGAAAGGGUGAUUAACGAGGAGACUUCAGAAAUUGGAAGAGUCAGGUUUUCCGUGUUCUAUACUUACGCAAAAGCAACAGGCCUGAUCGUUUCUUUCUUAUUCUUCCUUUUCCUCCUGGCCUCCGAAGGCAGCAUAGUAUCAUCCAAAAUCUGGCUCGCUCGUUGGAGCUCAGACAACGUCACGACAGACUCUCAAAGAGACAAUUAUCUAUUUGUGUACGGAGCUCUUGGACUUUCACAGGCGUUCUGUAUGCUGUUUAGCUCAUUGUUUCUGGCUUAUGGAGCUAAUGUGGCUUCUAAUGUACUUCAUGAUCGUCUAAUUGUCAACAUCAUGCACUCGCCAAUGUCAUUUUUUGAGAGUACCCCUCUGGGGAGGAUUGUCAACAGGUUUUCUAAAGACAUGUAUGUGAUAGAUGAGACGGUCCCAAAUUCGUUGAUGUCAUUUUGGAGAUGUUUUUUUGCUGUGAUGAGCGCCAUCUUUGCUAUUAGUUAUGCUACACCUAUCUUCCUUAGUGUCGUCUUUCCAUUGAUGGUUCUGUAUGUCUUCAUUCAGCGUCUGUAUGUAGCAUCCUCGCGUCAGUUGAGACGAAUCGAGUCAGUGAGUCGUUCACCAAUCUACAGCAACUUCCUGGAAACGAUCAAUGGUACAAGUACCAUCAGAGCUUACUCGCAACAACAAUACUUUAUUCGUGAAAAUUAUUACAGAGUAGACGAAAACCAGGUGGCAUAUUAUCCGUGGAUUUCUUCUAACAGGUGGUUGGCUAUUCGACUAGAGCUCAUUGGUAAUUUUGUCAUAUUCUUCGCCUCUUUGUUCGUUGUCAUCGCCAGAGAUUCUAUAGAAAGUGGUUUGGUUGGUCUUUCACUUACUCAUGCUUUCCAGAUAACACAAACCCUUAACUGGAUGGUUCGCAUGUCUGGUGAGCUAGAGACGAAUAUCGUAGCGGUAGAACGGGUCAAGGAAUAUAGUGAAACUCCAAGAGAGGCAGCGUGGAUCGUCGAAGAUAAUCGUCCUCCUGAAGACUGGCCUGGUUCAGGUCACAUCGCUAUAGAAACUUUCGACUUGAGAUACAGAGAAAACCUCCCGCUCGUCCUCAAGAAUAUCAACUGUGAUAUCGCACCAGGAGAGAAGAUAGGACUUGUUGGUCGCACAGGAGCUGGUAAAUCGUCCCUUUCCAUGGGACUGUUUCGUAUUCUGGAAAGCACUGGUGGUAGAAUUAUCAUAGAUGAUAUUGACAUCUCGAAGAUAGGGCUACAAGACUUGAGGUCACGCCUUACUAUCAUUCCACAGGAUCCCGUGUUGUUUUCUGGUACGUUACGGUUCAACCUGGACCCGUUUGAUAAAUACUCAGACGAAGAGCUGUGGAAAGUCCUUGAAGUCAGCCAUCUGAAGCAGUUCGUGUCGGGUCUUGCUGAAGGUCUGCAGCAUUCUAUCGCAGAGGGAGGAGAGAACCUCAGUGUUGGUCAACGUCAGUUGGUGUGUCUUGCUCGUGCUCUGCUUAGAAAAAGUAAAGUUCUGGUCCUGGACGAAGCGACGGCAGCUGUGGAUCUCGAGACAGACGAACUCAUCCAGAAGACCAUUAGGACUGAAUUUGCUGAUCGAACAGUGUUGACUAUAGCACAUCGACUCAAUACUAUCAUGGAUUACUCCAGAAUUCUUGUGCUGGACAAAGGUUUUGUGACAGAGUUUGAUAGCCCCUCUAGUCUUCUGUCGCAAAAAGGGAUGUUUUACAACAUGACGAAAGAUGCUGGCUUGACCUGAAAUACCAUGCAUCCUUGUGAUGCUUAUGGGUGUCAUAGUAAGGAGGAAGUUCAAUGUUGAUUUUAUGUGCCCCAGAUAUGGAUGUUCAGCAACAAGAUGUAUUUCAAUAAAAUAACAGGGAUUACAGAAUCGUACUUCAGUGAAGAAAAAAUAGUCUCGGUAUGGGAAUACGAAAAAGAAAAGAACGCGUUGUUCUUUGUGUUACUGUUAAAAGUGAUUGACGUCACGAAACUUCGGAAUGCUCUCUGUUGAAAUGAACUGAACCCAACAAAACACAACAAAAAGUAUUUAAUUGAAAAUAUGUUAUGAAAUAUAAGUAUUAGUAUAAAAUCAUUCAAACACAAAUCCGCAAGAAGCUCAGUUUUGUUUCCAAAACAACAUGGCCCCUGGAAUUGGGGCUAUAUUUAUAUUUUGAAACCUCUAAAAGACUUCUAGUGGUCAGGAUUUUGGCUUCCAUCAAUCAAAUAUUUACCAAAAGCUGUAAAUUUUAUGGGUGGGCCCUAAAACGUGCUCCAAUUGUCUCCUGAUGGCCACGUUGAAUUGUAUACUCAAUACAAUUUUGCCCAUUGCUGGUGGAAGUGCUUAUUGCUUUAUGUGUACAAGAUUUUUUUAAAACGUAUUUAUAAAUGCUAAUUUUUUUCGACAACACGUGGAUAAUAAAAAUACAAAGUCCAA